UUUCACCACACUCCGUUCUUCCAUGGAUACCACCAAGUGCAUGACUUCAUCCUCUUCCCUCACACUCAAAGCCCACAUAAAAAAUGCAACCAUAAUCUCCAAGUCUCCAAAUCUUCACCAAAAAAGAGAUAUAUUUUGCCUCAAUAUCAAGAUGUAUGUAUGACAUUAACUUUCUUUUUGGUACCUUUUCAUUUAAAGUUUCCUAUAUAUAUGAUCAUCUGUUUCCUUAUCCAUGUUUUGGGGGUUGGUUUUAGCAGCACGAAACAUCCAUAUGGUUGUCAAUAUCUGCAAAAGAAGAAAAACCCAUGGAGGACUCACAAAAUUUAUGUGACAAAAGAGGGAGAAAGUGUUAUCAAUGAAGCUAGAAAAAAAGGAACCAUAGCAGGAGCUGUUGCUCUUAUUGUUGGCACUAGUAUUGGUUCUGGGAUUCUUGCACUCCCACAGAAGGCCUCUCCUGCUGUAAAUUGCUUUCAAUAGAUAUUGAGUUUUUUUUUACCUUUUGGUGACUGGGUAAUUAAUGAAGUUUUAAACUUCUUUUUACACUGCUGGGUGUGGUUCCAAGUUCAAUAUCCUUGGUAGUUUGCUGGGCGUUUUUGCUAAUUGAAGCACUUUUACUCAUUGAAAUAAAUGUUGGUUUACAAAGGAAGAGGAAGAAGGAGGAGGAGGAAGAAGAGGGUGAAUUGGAGGUCAUUUCCAUAAGGACAAUGGCACAAGAGACACUUGGUGAUUGGGGUGGAAAUUUGGCCACUGUUAGCUAUGUUUUCUUGGGUUACACUUCAAUGAUUGCCUAUAGUUCCAAGUCUGGAGAGAUCCUUUUCCAUUUGAUCAAUUUUCCUGAACCAGCUUCCGGUUUCCUAUUCACUGCACUUUUCACAUUUCUCAUCUCUGUUGGUGGAACACAAGUCACUGAUCAAGUGAACCAAUGGCUCACUGUUUCCAUGAUAGGCUUAUUAAUGGCAAUUGAAGUUGUAGCAGUUAUGUUAGGAGGAUGGUCAGGCCUGGAGGGAAAUGGUGAUUGGGGGAAAGUUCCAGCAACCAUUCCUGUCAUUAUAUUUUCAUUGGUAUACCAUGAUGUUGCACCGGUCCUUUGUGCUUAUUUAGGUAGUGACCUUAUUCGAUUAAGGGCUUCGGUUUUGCUUGGCAGCCUUGUUCCCUUGUUGGCAUUGCUUGUUUGGGAUGCUAUUGCACUUGGCAUUUCAACACAAACUGACCAAGUUGUUGAUCCUGUUGAGCUGCUUAUGGGGUAUGUCAAAUACAUAGAUUCUACAUGUCACAUUUGCAAAAUCCCCUCGGUAGAAGAACAUUAUGUUAGGGUAAAAUGGAGUGGAGUUUCAUUUAUGGUAGAAGCAUUUUCACUUCUGGCCGUGGGAACAUCAAUGAUUGGCACUCUCCUCAGUUUUUCAGAGUUCUUUAAGGAGCAGCUUAAGAACCUGUCAUGGCAUGCUUCUUCGAUAAAGGCAUUGGCAUUGGAUGACCUACAGCAGGAACCAGACAAACUGACAAAUUGGUGGGGAAGAAAUAAAACCGGGUUCACAGCAAUGGCAAUGGUGGUAACUCCAACACUAAUAGUUUCAACAACAGUUCCAGAAGCAUUCUCUGCUGCUACAGAUAUUGCAGGGGGUUAUUGCAUGACUAUGCUUUAUGGAGUUCUUCCACCAGCGAUGGCUUGGGCCAUGGGGAACAGAGAAGGUGAGGGUUCUAACCAGAAGGGAUUAACAAUGGCUUGGCCUGCAAUUUGUGGAGUUGGAUUAUUUGCCUGUGGCUUAGUGGUGGAGCAAAUUUUACAGGAUUUAUUGGCAUUGCAAUUCUGAGAAAAAGGAUAAACAUGUCUGUAUUUAACUAUUAUUCCAGAAACUAAAUUAGCAAAAGUUGAGGUUGAGAUUAGGAGAGAGACAAAAUGAAUCCAUUAAACAAUAUUGAGCUGAGAUCAAGACUCAUCAAGAAUUCAGAUCAAGUUCCAAGAAAUACUAAGAGAAACCAUUUCUAGAAGGCACACAUUGGAGUUUAUUUCAGAACAGGAACAUGGCACAAACAAAAAUAACAACAAAUCAUAAAAUAAUGACAUAAAAUUGUUCCUAAGCAUGAGCUCUGAGUUUUGGGAAUUGAUAGAAUGUUGUAGAAAAUUAAACCAUCAGUCUUCAUGGAAGACCCCCUAGUUCCUCACAGUUGUCACAUUCUUCAAAAGCAUCUGUACAACAUCAUGAGAUAUCCUUGCAGCUUCGUUUUUCAAGUGAUUGAUCUUUGCAUCU